GGUCGCACCGCCGCCACGGGACGUGGUCUAUUUAAGGCGGCUGAAUGUUUUAUUAUGGAUAAAGAUUGGAUGGAUUUAUUAGGCUGGAAGACUGGUUGGAAAGAUAAAACCGUGAUCGUACAAGGGUUUGGCAAUGUUGGUUCCCAUGCAUCCGUUUUUGUAGUGGAAGCCGGUGCCAAACUGAUCGGUGUUCAAGAAUUUGACGUGUCUCUAGUAAAUGAGAAUGGCAUUGAUCCAAAGGACUUAAUGGAGUAUUAUGCAAAAAAUAAUAAAUCAAUCAAGGGCUAUACCAAAGCCACCGAAAAAGAGGGCAGUUUGUUGGGUGAAAAAUGCGAUAUACUAAUGCCUUGCUCUACGCAAAAGGUUCUCACUGUCGAAAAUGCUAACAGUGUACAAGCCAAGAUGAUUUUAGAAGGCGCUAAUGGUCCUUCGACGCCAGCUGCCGAUGAAAUAUUACGUAAAAAGAAUGUACUCAUUAUACCGGAUUUGUUUUGCAAUGCUGGCGGUGUAACGGUAUCCUACUUUGAGUACUUA